GUGUUGGAGUUGGUGUGUACGAGGGAGUCUGGAGCUGUGUUUGAAGCAGGAGGCCUCAACUGUGUUCUCACCUUUAUCCGAGACAGCGGAAACAUGGUUCACAAGGACACACUUCACUCAGCGAUGGCCGUCGUUUCCCGUCUCUGUGGAAAGAUGGAGCCACAUGACGCGACGCUAGAAAACUGUGUGGAGUCUCUGUCUACCCUGCUCAAACACGAAGACCAACAUGUGGCCGACGGUGCGCUCAGAUGUUUUGCGUCGCUCGCGGACAGAUUUACGCGCCGGGGCGUCGACCCUGCACCCCUGUCAGAGAAUGGACUAGUCCAGGAACUUUUAUCUCGGUUGUCAAAUGCCUCUGUGUCAGGCAAUGUUUCUGUGAUAUCGGGCACACCGGGCAGCGUUGCGGCAACACCGGAGUCUAAAGGCAGUCCGAGUGUGUCCACCGUUAUCAGUCUACUGUCCACGCUGUGUCGCGGCUCACCCACCAUCACACACGAUCUGCUGCGUUCAGAGCUUCCUGAAGCCAUAGAGAAAGCCCUGCGAGGAGAUGAGAGGGUGUUGCUGCGUCAUGGUGCUAACCCGGAGCUACGGGAUGAGGAUGGGAAGACUCCCCUAGACAAGGCUCGCGAGAGAAACGACGAAGGUCACAGAGAGGUCGUGCAGAUACUGCAGUCACCGGGUGAGUGGAUGCUGCCGGUGGGGGAGAGCAAGGACCAGAAGAAGCCCGACCAGCAGGAGGAGGAGGAGGAGCAGCAGGAGGCUGAGGAGGAGCGAGGGGAUCGGGAGAUGGCUGCGGUGUACCUGCGCGUGCUGCUGCCGCUGUUCGCUGACACGUUCCAGGGAAGCAUGAUGACGUCUAUACGGAAGGCCAGUCUAAACCUGCUGAGGAAGAUGAUACACUACUCCACGCCCGGUCUGCUGUCUGAGAUCUGUGAUGCGGAGAACCAUACAUGUGCUGCCACCUUGGUGGAGGUUAUCGCAACGGUUCUGGACAGUGAGGUGAGAACGUCUCUAUCACGAUGUAGGCAGGAGGGAGAGGCGCGGCAGGAGGAUGCGCGGGACCUCCUCCCGGGGAAGCCUUACCACUGGCGCGACUGGUGCGUGGCGCGGGGACGUGACUGCCUCUACAUCUGGAGCGACGCCGUCGCGCUGGAACUCAGCAACGGCAGCAACGGAUGGUUCAGAUUCAUACUCGAUGGCAAGCUGGCGACCAUGUACUCUAGCGGCAGCCCCGAGGGAGGGUCUGAUAGCUCAGAAAUCGUGGAGAUUUCUGAGAGAAGCUUCAGCGAGCACCGAGGGACCAGAUCAAGCCUGGCAGCCGACGAAGCCAGCUCUCCUGUCGCUCCUGCCGCCCUCGCGCCCACACCGUUCAACUCGACCCUCAGCCUGCAAGAAACCAGAGAGAGCCUACAGAUCAAUAACAGUGAGCGCGAGGAAGAUCUCCCGAUUCACGUGUUCGAACUCGAACCGCCGCGAACUAAUCAUCUCGUUCCCGUCCGCCGAGACGCGCUGGACCGAGUUCGCGCCGUUAUGACGGAAGCGCCGCGCAAGAGUCCGCUCCAACGUUCGAGGCCGCUCAAGCUCAAGGUCAAGGCCUUCGCACGGGAGCUGUACGAUCAAUACUUCGUCGCUGCUCAGGCGACACCUAGGGGCGUUGUCGCGAAGCUUCGUAAGAUAGUGGACAACCUGGACUCUGCCUAUGCCAAGCAACUGACGAGGGUAGCAGCAGCAGCAGCAGCAGCAGCAGCAACAGCAGUAUGUAACUAUUGCAGUGGUCUCAUCCAAGCCCUCCUCAAACUAUUCAGCAAUAAUAAUGAAGAGCUUUACAAUGACUGGAGGUCUCAGAAAUACGCUCUGGAGAGAAUCAAAACCUUCAAGGACGUCUUCAUCGACACAAACAUCAACAACGACAGUGCGGUGUCGCCAUCUGUUGCCCUCGUGAGGAAGCUUAUAGCCGUGCUGGAGUCCAUCGAGAAGUUACCUGUCUACCUGUACGAUGCGCCGGGAACGAGCUACGGAUUACAGAUCCUGACACGGCGGCUGCGGUUUAGACUGGAGCGCGCGAGCGGCGAGACGUCCCUCAUAGACAGGACCGGCCGCUGCCUAAAGAUGGAGCCGCUGGCUGACGUCGCCAGUCUAGAACGCUACCUCCUCAAACAGGUAGCGAAGCAGUGGUACGACUACGACCGCUCGACCUUCACCUUCGUGCGGCGGGUCAAGGACGCGGCCUCUGCGACCUUGACCUUCACACAGCAGCGAGACUUCGACGAAAACGGCAUCAUAUACUGGAUCGGAACGAACGCGCGCACGGCGUAUGAGUGGGUGAACCCGGCACAGUAUGGUCUCGUGGCGGUGAGUUCGUCUGAGGGCCGCAAUCUUCCGUACGGACGGCUAGAGGAUGUGCUAAGUCGCGACGCCUCCGCCCUCAACUGUCACACCAACGACGACAAGCGGGCGUGGUUUGCGAUCGACCUCGGACUGUGGGUGGUUCCCAGCAGCUACACGCUACGCCACGCACGCGGAUACGGCCGAUCUGCACUCAGGAACUGGCUCUUCCAGGUGUCUAAGGACGGACAGACGUGGACGACGCUGUACACUCACGCUGACGACUGCUCGCUCAACGAACCCGGCUCGACGGCGACGUGGCCGCUGGAGGCGCCCCCUGGUGGCGAGGGACAGGGGUGGCGGCACGUGCGGCUGCAGCAGACUGGGAAGAACGCUAGCGGGCAGACGCACUACCUCUCGCUGUCCGGCUUCGAGAUCUACGGCUGCGUUACGGGAGUCUGCGAGGACCAGCUAGGCAAGGCGGCGCGCGAGGCGGAGGCCAGCUUGAGACGGCAGCGGCGACUCAUGCGCACUCAGGUGUUGAGACAGAUGGUGAUCGGGGCUCGCGUCUCGCGAGGCAUGGACUGGAAGUGGCGAGACCAGGACGGCAGCCCAGCGGGGGAGGGGACUGUGACGGGGGAGCUACACAACGGUAAAGUGUUGGUGUCUAGUCGUAGUAAGAGCAGCUCUACCCCGAGUCUACCGGAGGCCGCAGAUAAGAGCAAGCUCCCGUCGGUCGCAGCCACUGAGCAAGCAGCAUCUGCCGACAGCCUCCCAUCCAAGGUCACCUCCAAGGCGGCAGCAGAAGCGGUGGCGGAGAGCGUACUGAGUCUGGCGAGCGCAGAGGCCCUCGUAAUGGUAACAGUCGACCCGGCAGACGAACCCGCCAACGCCACGGCAACGUCGGUCAACACCGAGACGGCGAUCGUCGUGACGACGGAUGAGCCAGCAGGUGGCGCCACUGCUGCAGCAGCGGGACCCAGCGGCACGUCGUCGUCGGGGGCAACGCUCCCGGCAGCGCACGAACACCACCAGCGUCGCAACGAGGAGAAGACUCUUCUGAAGCGCAUCAGCGAACGACGACGCGAGAAGGUCGCCGCGGCAACCGCAGCCGGCAAGCGCGCGGAGGCUCUGGAGUCGACCGUCAGUCUCCUGGAGACGUUUGCCGCCGUCGCCCGCCGCCGCCAGGCAGGGGGCGCCACCGCCGCCAACAACGCGCAGAACAACAUGGGGCCGGCGCGCGGCGGAGGAGGAGGAGUGAACAAUGCAAGCAGUCUAGUCCGGCUGGCGCUGUCGUCAAACUUGCCAGGUCCGUUGAGCGCAGCGCAGAGCUUCCCGAGUCUCACCAACAGCAACACUCACGCGUCGAACGUUCUUACCUCCAGCGUCGCGGCUAGUGGCGCCACCUCUCUGUCACAGGCGCUAACGAUGAGUCUCGCUUCCACCACGUCAAGUGAGAGUGACAAUGACUUCUUGGAGACGUGUAGAGCGAGUGCGUUGCUAGCAGAGCUGGAGGAUGAUGAUGAACUACCAGAGCCUGACGAUGAGGAUGAGGAUGAAGAUAACGAGGAUGAUAACGAGGACGAUGACGAGUACGAGGAAGUGCUGGAGGAGGAGGAGUACGAGGUUCGCGGGUCGGCGACUAAGAAGCGAGCGUGGGACGACGAGUACGUGCUGAAGAGGCAAUUCGCCGCGCUCAUCCCCGGUCCGUUGAGCGCAGCGCAGAGCUUCCCGAGUCUCACCAACAGCAACACUCAUGCGUCGAACGUUCUUACCUCCAGCGUCGCGGCUAGUGGCGCCACCUCUCUGUCACAGGCGCUAACGAUGAGUCUCGCUUCCACCACGUCAAGUGAGAGUGACAAUGACUUCUUGGAGACGUGUAGAGCGAGUGCGUUGCUAGCAGAGCUGGAGGAUGAUGAUGAACUACCGGAGCCUGACGAUGAGGAUGAGGAUGAAGAUAACGAGGAUGAUAAUGAGGACGAUGACGAGUACGAGGAAGUGCUGGAGGAGGAGGAGUAUGAGGUUCGCGGUUCGGCGACCAAGAAGCGAGCGUGGGACGACGAGUACGUGCUGAAGAGGCAAUUCGCCGCGCUCAUCCCCGCGUUCGACCCUCGCCCCGGACGCACCAACGUCAACCAGACCACCGACGUAGAGGUGCCGCUACCAGGUGCACCAGAGUCAGCGUAUUGGGAGGAGUCUGAAGCUCCUAGCUCACCUCGACUAAGUCUCGUUAUCCGCGGACCUAACCUACCAGGGGUGAAUCCGGACAUAGAGGAGACGAUGACGGCGUGCGGCGACACGAUAUUCCAGAUUGUACAGCGUCUCAUACAGAGGUCGGAUAUCGGAACGCGCCUUGACAAACUACGCCGGAUAUGGGAGCCCACUUACACAAUUGUAUAUAGAGAACGCAAGCCAGAAGAACAGAAACCCCAACACUCAGAGGAGGAGGAGGGCUGCCCCGCGCACAAGACGAUGUGUCGCAUCCUGUCUACAGAGGACAGCUGGUCGCCGCGUGGCAGCGGCGGCAGCGACAGCGCCACCUGCUGUGUGGAGGACGUACUACAGCUGCUGCGGCUGCUCUACAGUAUCUCGAUCGACCUCGGCCAUCUGCGCCACAAGCACGAAGGUAGUAACGCCCUCUGGUGGCGUCGCAGCAGCAGAAGCGCAGUUCUCUCAGCCGAGGAUGUCGAUCAUUUCCGCGUGACGCCCGAAGAAUUCAUCAGCAAGAAGAUCACCAACAAACUACUGCAGCAGAUCCAGGAUCCGUUGGUGCUUGCGAGUCACGCGUUGCCGGACUGGUGCGACGCGCUCACCAACAAGUGUCCCAUGCUGUUCCCAUUCGACACGAGACAACUCUUCUUCACGUGCACCGCCUACGGAACCUCGAGGUAG